AUGUUUAACAUUCUUUUUCUUUCUCCUCCCCCCGGCUCAUUUCUCUCUCCUUCUCUCUCUCACCCCUGCUCACUACACUCUCCUUCUCUCUCUCCCCCCUGCUCACUACUCUCUCCUUCCUCUCUCCCCUGCUCCUCCUCUCUCCUUCUCUCUCUCCCCUGCUCUUCUCUCUCUCCCCUGCUCACUUCUCUCUCUCCCCCCUGCUCCUUCUCUCUCCCCCCUGCUCACUUCUCUCUCUCCCCCCCUCUCACUUCUCUCUCUCCCCCCCUGCUCCUUCUCUCUCUCCCCCCUGCUCACUUCUCUCUCUCCCCCCCUGCUCCUUCUCUCUCUCCCCCUCCUGCUCCCCUCUCUCCCCCUCCUGCUCACUCUCUCCCCCCCUCCUGCUCACUUCUCUCUCUCCCCCUCCUGCUCAGACAUUCUCCCCCUCCUGCUCUCUCUCUCCCCCCUCCUGCUCCUUCUCUCUCCCCCCCUCCUGCUCCUUCUCCCCUCCCUGCUCCUUCUCUCUCUCCCCCCUUGCUCACUUCUCCCCCCUCUCACUUCUCUCUCCCCCAUUCUUCACUUUAA